CCUCGUUAGAGAUUUGACAAGUCAUACAAUAUUCCACAAGGUACAAGUAGGGUACCUUCACUCUCUUUCAUCCAAUAGCCGGGUCCAGGUACCCGUGCCAGCUAUAGUUCUCCUCGUACCUACUCUGCCUAACCGCUUCCCCCUCUUUGCCCCUCAACAAUCCAUCUCUCUGUCAGCCUGUCACCCCCCAAAAAUCUCCUUUACCGAAUAGCUGCAUUUGGCUAUUGCUUAGGGAAAGUUCAGCCUCGUCUUUGGCUUCCUGCAGGGGCAUCUAGGCGGCCGUCAGCUUUGCCAAUCCAGGUACUCCGUACUUGCUUCCUCACUGCAGCCCAACCGGCCAACACAGCUUGUAGCAUUGCGGCGUUGCAGCUUACCACAGUUCCAGAUCCAGAUUCGAGAGCACUACUGCUGUCAUUGCCUGUCAUUGCCACUGCCACACCACUACCGCAAACCCGAGAUCUCCAUCCCUCCCUCCACUCCCAUACUAAUACUACUCCCGCUAAGCUCCUCCUGUAUCUCUUCCCCAGACGCUCCUGUCUGCUGCCCGCCUGCCUGCUGCAUCGUCACACCGAGUCGGCGUCCGCGAACGCAAUCAAGGGGAUUCGCAGAUUGCGCCCUACCCCAACCCUUCUCUGUUCUCUUUAAAAGGCUGUCCCGCGCCUGCAUCUCGUCCUCCUCUUCGCUGCUCAUCUCCCGUUGACACACUGAUCACAGCUUGCGAAUACAAGGUGUGUCGGCUGAUCGCUUUUCUUUCUCUUUCAUCUCCCUCGACCUGCCUGGUGAUUGGAACGGUAUCAGAUGUUACACGCUGAAGAAAAUCCCCGUUCGUGCCUUUCACUGCCAACUGUCACCCGCUCCGUUCUCGGAUUCACUGCGCAUAUCCGUCCAGUUUGUGCUGAUACUAAGUAUUGAAGUGAUAGGACCCAGCUAUCAAUACCGUCAAACUACCUCCGAGAUCUGCAACCCGAGCCUUGCUGGCGGUGUGGGAUACAGCGUUGGCCCGGCCUACAAGGUCUUUGCAACUCCCGGAUCGUCGGAAUUCCUUCUGUCCUACACAACAUUACUUUGAUCGCUGUCAUGGAUACCCCGAGUACCAAUCAAAGCGAGCAGGUGACGGAGAGAGAAGAAGGCACACCCAUCUCCGGCGAAGCCACUUCAGCCACGCAAGUCGAAAAGGUCAAACCACCGUCCAAAUCGAAUAAAUCGGAAUCAAAGACUCAAAAGAUGGACGAGUCGACCAAGAAGUGUGGCAAGAGCAAGUCGAAGUCGAAGAAAGCCAAAGAGGUUGUAGAGAGCGAAGACGAAGAUUCUGAUUCCGCGAGUGAGUCCGAGGCAGGUAGCGAGACCUCGGACAGCGAUUCAGAGGAAGAAGAGACUGAGAAGGAAAAGAAGAAGCGAAAGGCAAAAUCGAAGAAGGCCAAGCAAAAACUGAAGAAUAAGAAGAAGGCGAAAUCAAAGAAGUCUAAGAAAGAGGUACUGAAUGAUGGAAAUAUAUUUGAAGUCCCUCGCUAAUAUAUAUAGGUAUCCUCAGAUUCCUCCGACUCUGACUCUGAUGAUGACUCUGAAUCUUCUUCACAUGCUACUUCCGACCCCGAGGAUGAAGAUGAAGUUGCAGAUCCCGCUCAGGCGGCUCAACUAGAGCAGUUACUACAACUUCAACAACAAAUGCAGACGCCACAGCAGCCAUCCAUUCAGCAAUUAGGUCUAUGGCAGAAGGCUUUGCAGAGUUACGCACCACCUCCGCGAGUUGGUUCGGGCGGCAGACGUGCACUUGGAGGGGGACGCCAACAAGCCAGAAAUGCUGCAAUGCUCGCUGCACUUGACGCUAACCAACUCAGAAAGGCUAAAAAAGAUAAGAAGGUCAAGAAGAAGCGUGCGAGUAAAUUAGAAUACAAGAGAGUUGAUCAGCUUUGGGACAGUACCAUCCACAAUUACAAACUCACUGAUACGGCGGAAGAUGAGGAGAGUUCUGAGUAUGACCAAUACCUCUUCAACGUUCGACGUACCUUUGAUUGGGAGGGUAAAUACAAGGUAAGAAGGCACUUUCCCCGACUACAUGACUAUGACUGACUUUUGAAGGCUACUGUGGUUGAUAUUAAGAGCAAAUUGCUGAAGGAAGCAUUGAACGAAGUUAUGGAUGGUGUCAAAGGUGUCAGCUUGGUCGAGGAAACUCCCACAGUCGAUCCAAAUUUGUUAUUCCUUUACCUUGAAGAUUUGCGACAAUCAUACAAGGAUUUAAAAAACAAAAAGGUUACUGUUAAGAAGGGUAAGAAGAAGCAAAUCAAGCGUAAUGAGACCAAGCGUGCCCACCUCAAGGUACUUUUGAAAUAUCUCGACAAGGAUUAUGCGUCAACCAAGAAGACUCUUUAUCCGAUGUUGGAGUCCGGCUUGAUCACUUUCGACUUGCUCUGGGCUCUUUACAAACCCAAUACUCUCGCCUAUACUACUACAUACGGCUCUGUUGAUGAACCACGUGCUUUUAGAAUUGAGCUAGCGGAGAAGGAGUAUAGCUUUAUGAAGGGAGAGUGGUACAGCAUCGAAGGAAAAUAUCUGGAAUAUGAUGGCAAGACAUGGGGAAUGGGUGAGUUGCUAUUGUAACAUUAUCAAGCGGUGAAUGCUAAUUCUCUGAUUAGGGACCAUGGACGUCGACGUUCCGCAAUUCAAGGGCGCGCGAAAGAUCACCAGUCUCGGUUGCUACCCUCUAAAAUACCACAAGAGCGAGGCGAAACUUCGCGCCGAUUUGAUCGAACGAGGCAAGAAAUUUGUCAGCUUGCAGGGCGUCAAUUAUAGGAGUCAUGAGGGAUUGGCUUACUAUAAGAAGCGAAAGCAGAUUGUCAAGGUUAAUAUCAAUGGCAGAAUCAUGGUUGACCCUGCGAUUCAUCGUCGGAUAUUACCAAAUUAUAGUGUCAGCACCGUGAAGCCAAAGGACCCUGAUAUCCUCGAUUCGGACUCCGAAGAUGAUUCUGAUGGUUGUGGUUGUGGCGACGAGUCAUCUGAUGAUGGACAUGGAGCUCGAUUUGAACAACGAGAGAAGGUUGAAGAUGAUGACGAGCCGAGAGUGAAGAAGAAGGUUGUUAUUGACGAUAAGGAUCAACCUCAUAUCAUUGAAGUUGUUGUGGAUGCUGAUGGCCAGGAAAUUACGGUUGAAAAGCUAGAGCCAGUUCCGAGCAAAGACUCCAAAGAUACUGCUGCCGUUGCAGUCGAAGAGGACAAAAAGGUGCUUCCAGUUUUUACAGAUGACGAGUAUCUUAUUGCUUCUCCGGUUGUACUUGGUUUUGCAUUUGCGGAAAAGAUGUGGCUUGAGUUUACAGUAUCUGGUGUCAAGGAUAUUGUUUGGAACGAAGGUGCUUAUGAUUCUUUGGUCCUCGAAAACAACACCAAGGAUAUCGUCAAGGCACUUGUCGAAUCACACAAAUAUCAUCCAGCUGAGAGUAUCGAUGAUGUUAUCCAAGGUAAAGGUAAAGGUCUUGUUGCGGUUCUUCACGGUCCUCCAGGUACUGGAAAGACUCUCACGGCGGAAGGAAUAUCAGAAUUACUCAAGUGCCCGCUUUACAUGGUUUCUGCCGGAGAGUUGGGAACCGAUCCUCGAACUCUUGAGGCAGAAUUGCAAAAGAUUCUCGAUAUUGCUCACGCAUGGGGCGCAGUUCUUCUUCUCGACGAGGCUGAUGUUUUCCUUGAGAAGCGUACGAUACAGGAUAUUCAUCGCAACGCUCUUGUCUCCAUCUUCCUCCGACUUCUCGAGUACUUCCAAGGCAUCUUAUUCUUGACUACCAACCGAGUGGAAACGUUUGAUGAUGCAUUCCAGAGCCGUAUUCACAUCGCUUUACGAUAUGGCGAACUCAACCCCAAGGCCAAGAAGAGUGUUUUCAAGAUGUUCAUCGAGCGAGUCCGUGUUUUGGAGGGUAUCGCAACGAUGCCUUUCACCGAGGAAGAUUACACCAACCUCAGUCGACAUAAUCUGAAUGGUCGACAGGUAAGCCUCCCUUCCUCCUCUCAUAUAAAAUAUUCCAGCACGCUAACAAGAGAAUAGAUCAAGAAUACCAUCCGAACCGCGCAAGCUCUGGCGGUUAAUAAGGGCGAACCUUUGAGUAUGGAACAUAUUAAACGUGUUCUUGAUGUGUCGAAUGCUUUUGAUCGUGAUUUGAAGGGUGGAACGGGGUUUGAGGAUGCGAUGCGGGGGUAUUUUUAG